GCUUGAUCCGCGGAGAGGCGGCGACGAGGCGAAGUUGCCUGGUUGGCCGCGCGCGGGGGGGGGACCUGCCUGCCGUGCGCCCUUGGAGAGGCCGAGGGGUACCCCGCGCUUGGCCGGCAUGGAGAGCUCCGGCGGCCGCUGCGCCCAACGCCGGGAGGCUGUCGGGGAAGCGGACGGGGAGGGGGAGGAGGAGGAGGAGGCGCCGCCGGACUCGCCUCCUUUUUUCCUCCUUUACCCCGGCCGGGGAGGAGGCGCCGCCGCCGCCGCGCCCGGAGCGCAGCCCCAGAGCGCUUGGCGCGCCGCGCCGCCGGGCCCUCGUGGCGACCCGUUGCCGGUCCUGCUCAGCUACAUCGGGCCGGAGCCCGCCCAGCCGCGAACCGGCGGCGCUCACUCUUGGGAGGAUUUGACAGAUUUGGUGGAGCAAUUGCGCGAUGAUACAGAAGAUCCCAACUAUGUCAUGGCCAAUGAACGCAUGAAUCUGAUGAACAUGGCGAAACUAAGCAUAAAGGGCUUAAUAGAAUCUGCUCUAAAUCUUGGGAGAACCUUGGACUCCGACUAUGCACCUCUUCAGCAGUUUUUUGUAGUCAUGGAGCACUGCCUUAAACAUGGCUUAAAAGCCAAGAAGACUUUUCUGGGCCAAAAUAAGUCAUUUUGGGGACCUCUGGAACUGGUAGAGAAAUUUGUUCCUGAAGCUGGAGAAAUCACAGCAAGCGUUAAAGAUUUGCCAGGGCUAAAGACUCCCGUGGGAAGGGGAAGAGCCUGGCUGCGCCUGGCAUUGAUGCAGAAGAAACUUUCAGAGUACAUGAAAGCUUUGAUAAACAGAAGGGAAAUUCUCAGUGAAUUUUACGAAGCGAAUGCUCUCAUGAUGGAGGAAGAGGGGGCUAUAAUCGCUGGACUUUUAGUGGGCCUCAAUGUCAUUGAUGCAAAUUUUUGCAUGAAGGGAGAAGACUUGGAUUCUCAGGUUGGCGUUAUUGAUUUUUCAAUGUAUUUGAAGGAUGGCAGCAGCAGUAAAGGCAGUGAAGGUGAUGGACAAAUUACUGCAAUUCUGGAUCAGAAAAAUUACGUAGAAGAGCUCAAUAGACAUUUAAGUGCUACAGUCAACAACUUGCAGGCAAAGGUUGAUGCUUUGGAAAAAUCCAACACUAAACUCACUGAGGAGCUUGCCGUCGCAAACAACAGAAUUAUAACACUGCAAGAAGAAAUGGAGCGGGUCAAAGAGGAGAGUUCGUACAUUUUGGAAUCCAACCGAAAGGUAAAUAAGCAGGAUCGAACUGCAGACGGGCAUGCCCUCACCGAAGCCAGGAAGCAGCUAAAAGAGGAAACGCAGUUAAGACUGGACGUGGAGAAAGAGCUGGAAAUGCAGAUCGGAAUGAGACAAGAGAUGGAGCUGGCUAUGAAGAUGCUGGAGAAGGACGUUUGCGAGAAGCAGGAUGCGCUUGUGGUACUCAGACAACAACUGGAUGAUCUCAGGGCCCUAAAACUUGAACUUUCUUUCAAGCUGCAGAGUUCAGACCUGGGAAUGAAACAGAAGAGUGAGCUGAAUAGCCGCUUGGAGGAAAAGACCAGCCAAAUGGCCGCUACAAUUAAACUGCUUGAACAGAGAUUGCAGCUGUCCGAGCGGGAGUGCCAGUCUCUGCAGGAGGACAAUCGGCUCUUCAAGGAGGAAUUUGGGGACAAGAUCAACAGCCUUCAAGACGAAGUGGAGCAACUUACGAAGCAGCGAGGCCAGCUUGAAGCUGAAUUGAGACGAGAACGGGAACAGUGGCCACAUUUGCCUCACGGAGUUCCAGAUAACAAAAGCUUGUUCAGCCGUAACAAAGGCAUCCAGAAGACAGGAUCAAAGAUAGAUUCAAGCGACAGGCACCUAGAAGGAGAUUCCCAAUCGAGAGCAUCAGUGAAAGAGAAUACAGUGCUUUCAAGCAGCGUGUUUCCUGUCCUGCGAGACGAGCAGGAGCAAGCUUCUGAAAAAUCCAAACCCUGCCAGCUCUGUCAAGAAGAAAGUACCCGGAGCAAAAGAAAGAGCACCUGCAAGAACUGCGGAGGCGUCUUCUGUGAAGAUUGCUCAGCCAACGAACUACCUCUCCCCUCAAGCAUCAAGCCGGAACGGGUGUGCAAUUUUUGCCACGAGCACUUAAUACAACAAUAUUCUGCCAGCCCUUCCUAGGAUGCAAAGAGUGGCCGUGCUUUCUAUUAGCCCGACCCCCUUCCCUUGAAACGAAUCCGGCUUCCGAUAGAUCUCGGGACUGGCUCCCUUGAAACGUUGAGGUUUUCAGAAGAACGUUGCUUUUUUUUUCCCCCCUGCUUUUGCAGAGACGGAAAAGGAUGACUGGUUUGGGUUCGUCCGUCGACAAUCAUUCGUGUAGUUUGGAAGCUUUUGCAUUGACUGCACCUUGAAGAGUCCCUGUUCCCCCCCCCCCCCUCUGGAUGCAGAUCGGGGAAUUUCUCCUUCGUGGGGUCUGUGUUAGGAGGGUGGGGAAUUAUUGGACUCUCGAGUUUGAGAUAGGACAGCUUUUUCGCCAACAGAAAAAGAUGCCAUUGAUCUACUCGAGUUAUGAUAGAAACUAGGAAAAUUUGAAGUUUUCCAGGGGUGUCAACGAUGCGGAAGUCGCAAGAGGAGCUAUCAGGUCUCCCAGUCUAGGCCUAUGGGCAUUUUUUUCUGUAGAACAGGGGUGUGUCCAACCUUGGCAACUUUAAGACCCGUGGACUUCAACUCCCAGAAUUCCCCAGCCAGCCAAGGUUGGAUACCUUGGAACGGAGUUCUGUGGAGUCUCUCGUUUCAUAAACGGGACUGUGUGAGCCAUUAAGUCAAACGCUGAAGUGGAAGAUUCAGUGAUAUUACACGCUCAUCUCUAGUUACGUAGCUUACAAAUGGAGGCAAACAAAAAUUUCAGGUUGCAGGGGCCGCACCAGGUUGUGUGUGUCAACUCAGUUUGGGUGUCGCCCCUUGAAGGCCAUUUGCCAAUGUUCAGGGUUUUCUUUUUUUAAGACUUCUGGAAUUCUAAGGGCUAAAAUAGAAUUGGUGGAAUAGAAAACCUCUCCAAAAUGGGGAGGAAAGAAGGAUCAAAAUAUUGAUUCUGCCCACUCUUGGGGUGAAUGCUAUAAGCAAUUCUGGCAAUCUUUUUGUAAUUCCAACCCCCCUGAUACAGGAUGUCUAUAACUCAGGUGUAAAGAACUGUUUUUGCAAAGUAUGAAGCACGUGAUUAUUAAACCCUUCAGAAAUGUAUUUGUGACAUUCAUGUACAAAACAAUAAAGUUAAAAUCUAAACGCAAGAGAAUUAUUAAAAAAAAAAAAAGCAAUUGGUUAAGGAUAAAAAUGCCACAAACAUGCUUUUUUCCCCCCGAUUUUUCAAGUGAAAAAGUUUUUGAACGUAGAAGUUUUCGUUGCUGCUUAAAGAAAGCUUGGCCUUUAUAAAGUCUUUAAAAGACAGGAUGCGGUAGGCAGCUAUUCUACAUUCACUUUUUGCUGAAAUAUACGAAUAAUUCGGCAAAAGUAGUCCUUUUCAACUUCCCAGGGAAUUUUUUUUUCCAGCGCUUUAUUUUUUGCAGGAUACCAAGGUCAGCGACUAAAAACCAUCGUAGACUUGGGCGACCUAUAAAAACCAUU